GGCAUACUUAGAAGUUUAUGGUGGUCGCCUGACCGGAUGGAAAAAGUUUGUGGAGUGAUGAAGAGAUCGUCGUCAAGAGUUUAACUCGAGUUUAAAGCAGCGGAUUUAAAGUCAACAUGGGGAACCGUGGGAUGGAAGAGCUGAUUCCCCUCAUCAACAAACUGCAGGACGCCUUCAGCUCCAUCGGCCAGAGCUGCAACUUGGAGCUGCCGCAGAUCGCGGUGGUGGGGGGCCAGAGCGCGGGGAAGAGCUCGGUGCUGGAGAACUUUGUGGGCAGGGAUUUUUUGCCAAGAGGAUCUGGUAUUGUUACCCGCAGGCCACUUAUUCUCCAGCUAGUAAACAGCAAAGCAGAAUAUGCUGAGUUCUUGCACUGUAAAGGCCGUAAGUUUGUGGAUUUCGAUGAAGUUCGAUUGGAGAUCGAAGCAGAGACGGACCGAAUCACAGGAUCCAAUAAAGGAAUUUCACCGAUACCCAUCAACCUGCGUGUUUAUUCGCCAAACGUUUUAAAUCUUACACUGAUUGAUCUUCCUGGCAUGACUAAGAUUGCAGUUGGAGAUCAACCGGUAGACAUAGAGUACCAGAUCAGAGAGAUGUUACUGCUGUUUAUUUCAAAGGAGAACUGCCUCAUUCUGGCUGUUACGCCUGCCAACACUGACCUAGCCAAUUCAGAUGCCUUAAAAAUAGCCAAAGAGGUCGAUCCACAGGGACUUCGUACCAUCGGUGUAAUUACCAAACUGGACCUCAUGGAUGAAGGAACGGAUGCCAAAGACAUCCUAGAAAACAAACUGCUGCCUCUGCGCAGAGGUUAUAUUGGUGUAGUAAACCGCAGCCAGAAGGACAUUGAUGGGAGAAAGGACAUCCGUGCUGCUCUGGCAGCUGAGAGGAAAUUCUUCCUUUCUCAUCCUGCAUACAGACACAUAGCAGAAAGAAUGGGCACACCUUACCUGCAGAAAACACUUAACCAGCAACUGACGAAUCACAUUCGUGACACUCUGCCGGCGUUGCGCAGUAAACUACAGAGUCAGCUGCUGUCUUUGGAGAAAGAAGUGGAUGAAUACAAGAACUUCAAGCCUGAUGAUCCAGCACGCAAAACUAAAGCAUUAUUGCAGAUGGUUCAACAGUUUGGUGUGGACUUUGAGAAGCGAAUCGAGGGUUCUGGUGAUCAGGUGGAAACUCUAGAACUCUCAGGAGGAGCUCGAAUCAACCGCAUCUUUCAUGAACGCUUUCCUUUUGAGCUUGUCAAGAUGGAGUUUGAUGAGAAGGAAUUGAGAAGAGAAAUCAGUUAUGCAAUAAAGAAUAUUCAUGGUGUCAGGACGGGUCUGUUCACCCCUGAUCUGGCGUUUGAGGCCAUAGUGAAACAGCAGCUUGGAAAGUUGAAGGAACCGUGUCUUAAAUGUGUAGACCUGGUGUUGUCUGAGCUCUCCAUGCUCAUUCGCAAGUGCACAGAGAAGUUGAACUCUUAUCCUCAUCUACGAGAAGAAACGGAGCGAAUCGUCACCACUUACAUCAGAGAGAGAGAGAGCAAAACCAAAGACCAGGUGAUGCUGCUGAUAGACAUCGAGCUCUCUUACAUCAACACGAACCAUGAGGACUUUAUAGGCUUUGCUAACGCUCAGCAGAGAAGCGCAGCGGUCACUAAGAAGAGUGCAAUGCCUAACCAGGUCAUCAGAAGGGGUUGGUUGACCAUCAACAUAAGCAUAAUGAAAGGUGGAUCUAAAGACUACUGGUUCAUUCUGACCGCAGAGUCCUUGUCCUGGUACAAAGAUGAGGAGGAGAAAGAGAAGAAGUUUAUGCUUCCUCUCGAUAACCUGAAGAUCAGAGAUGUGGAGAAAGGGUUCAUGUCCACCAAACACACCUUUGCCAUCUUCAACACCGAGCAGAGGAACGUGUAUAAAGAUCUCCGUCAGAUUGAGUUGGCCUGUGAUUCUCAGGAGGACGUGGACAGCUGGAAAGCCUCUUUUCUGCGAGCUGGAGUCUAUCCUGAAAAAGAUCAGGUGGAAAACGAGAACAGCGCUCCGACCGACUCCAUAUCCAUGGACCCUCAGCUGGAGAGGCAAGUGGAGACCAUCCGCAACCUGGUGGAUUCCUACAUCAGCAUCGUCAACAAGAGCAUCAGAGACCUCAUGCCUAAAACCAUCAUGCACCUCAUGAUCAACAGCGCGAAGGAGUUCAUCUACUCGGAGCUGCUGGCGUAUCUGUAUUCGUCCGGAGAUCAGAACAGUCUGAUGGAGGAGUCGGCAGAACAGGCUCAGCACAGAGACGAGAUGUUGCGCAUGUAUCACGCACUCAAAGAAGCUCUAAACAUCAUCGGUGACCUCAGCACCAGCACGGUUUCAGUACCUGUACCUCCACCUGUGGACGACACCUGGAUACAGAGUGAGCCCAGUCUUCCUGCUCAGCAUAAGCCGCCAGUAUCGGUUCCCCCUCCCGGUCGCCCUCCUGCAGUGCGAGGCCCCACCCCCGGUCCUCCUGCCCCACCGCCUCUUAACCCCACCCCUGGGUUUGGGGUUCCGCCCGUGCCAUCCAGGCCCGGACCGCCUCCCGUCAACUCUAAUCCUUAUGGAAGUGGCACGCUGGAGCCGAUUGUUGCUCCUCCGCCUCAGGUGCCAUCUCGGCCCGCCCGCGUGCCCCCUGCUCUGCCCCCUGGCAUACCCAGCAGAAGACCUCCAGCAGCUCCAAACAGACCCACUAUAAUCAGACCAUCAGAACCGUCUCUACUGGACUGAAGAGCUCAGAAUCUGACUGCCAGCGGUCCGGAUACUGAAACCAAAGAGCAAGACACCACACACACACAU